AUGCUGGAAAUACUCGAUAUCGAUGGUCUCCUGAUCCUUGACACCAACUAUAAUCGGAUAUACGGCAGAACAUACACAAGUAAUUCUUUGGAACUAAGCACUCUAAAGGGUAUAAAGGAGUUUCCAGCUGUUACAAAGGACCACAUUGUGCUCCAGAAGGUAUUAAAUGACACCAUAGUUGUGUUUUACGGAUCAAAAGAGGCAAAUGAGGUGUUCUUAAACCAUAUGCUGAACGUAUUCUGUUCUGCUCUUGCGCAGCUUUUCAAAGGCGAGGUUUCCCUGCAGUUGGUGGAUGAAAAAUACGAUUACAUGGUGCUAAUGAUAGAGUAUUUCGUUUAUGAGGGAAUGUUCAGGGCAGAGAAUGCAGAGGAUGUCGUUGCAAAGGUGCCAAAAAGGAACUUUGAGGAUUUGAAGGGAAUGCCGAUACCAAAAGGUUUCUCCUCGAUCUUUAAAAAGGUUAAAAUUUUUAAAUAAAGCUGAAAUUUGGACA